GACGAGCCUCAUCCCGGAAGUCCUGUGUGGAGAGACUGGGAAAAGCGACGUGGAGACAGCAGGGAAAGCCGGUGUCACUCAGUGUCGUGGUGAUCUGGUGACUGCGGAUGUCACUGGAAGGAGCUGCGGCCGGAUACGUGGUGUGCCAGGAUGGGGUCUCUGUUCCGCAGUGAGACUAUGUGCCUGGCGCAGCUCUUCCUGCAGUCUGGUUCUGCCUAUGACUGUGUCAGCGAGCUCGGGGAGAUGGGCUUGGCAGAGUUCAGGGAUCUUAACCCUCAUGUCAGCGCCUUUCAAAGGAAAUUUGUUGGUGAAGUAAAGAAGUGUGAAGAGCUUGAACGAAUACUAGGGUAUCUGGUCCAGGAGAUCAAAAAGGCUGACAUUGCUGUUCCAGAAGCAAGUGUGCGGCCAGCGGCCCCCCUCCCCAAACAUGUAUUGGAAAUACAGGAACAGUUACAGAAGCUUGAAUCUGAGCUGAAGGAAGUGAAUAAGAACAAGGAGAAGCUGCAGAAGAACCUGCUGGAGCUGACUGAGUAUGCGCACAUGCUGAGGGUGACGAAGAGCUUUGUGCAGCGAUCAUCGGAGCACGAAACGUCUUCUCAUGCCCGUUAUGAAGAAUUUCCUACGAUAGAGAAGGAAUCCUUAAUGGACUAUACUUGUAUGCAAAGACUUGGAGCCAAACUGGGCUUUAUUUCUGGUUUGGUUCACUAUGCAAAAUUAGAAUCAUUUGAGAAAAUGCUCUGGAGAGCUUGUAAAGGCUACACCAUCCUGACGUACCGGGAGCUAGAUGAGUAUCUUAAAGAUCCUGAUACGGAAGAGCCAACUAAGUGGUUUGUGUUUGUAGUUUCUUAUUGGGGAGACCAAAUAGGACAAAAAGUCAAGAAGAUCUGCGACUGUUACCAUUGUCAUAUGUAUCCUUACCCAAACUCUUCUGAAGAACGGCAAGAAAUCAUAUCUGGGCUGAACACAAGAAUUCAAGACCUUCAUGCGGUGAUAAACCAGACGGAAGAUUAUUUGAGACAAGUUCUCUUUAAGGCCUCGGAGUUGGUCUACAAUUGGGUUAUCCAGGUCAAGAAGAUGAAGGCCAUUUACCAUGUGCUGAAUUUUUGUAGUUUUGAUGUCACUAAUAAGUGCUUAAUCGCUGAAGUUUGGUGUCCCGUGGCAGAUCUCCAGAACCUCAAAAGAGCUCUUGAGGAAGGCUCGAGAAAGAGCGGUGCUUCUAUCCCCUCCUUCAUAAACCGCAUUCCCAGCAAUGAGACCCCUCCAACAUUAAUACGUACAAACAAAUUCACUGCUGGCUUUCAGAGUAUAGUAGAUGCAUAUGGCAUUGGGACCUACAGAGAAGUAAAUCCAGCUCCCUACACUAUUAUCACAUUUCCAUUCCUGUUUGCCGUGAUGUUUGGAGAUUUUGGACAUGGUCUUCUGAUGUCUCUAUUUGCUCUGGUUCUGGUUCUCUAUGAAAACAGUCCAAAAUUACAACGUACACAAGAUGAAUUCAUGAAGGCCUUUUUUGAGGGACGUUACAUUAUUCUGCUGAUGGGGCUCUUCUCUGUCUAUACCGGGCUUAUCUACAAUGACUGCUUUUCAAAGUCGCUGAACAUAUUCGGCUCCAGUUGGAACGUUUCAGCAAUGUUUGCAGCAGGAGUUUGGGAUAAAGAAGAUUUAUCCAGUGAGUAUUUGACUCUGGACCCCAAUGUAACAGGAGUUGUCAUGGGAGUGUAUCCUUUUGGAAUAGAUCCAAUCUGGAAUUUGGCAUCAAAUCGCCUCACUUUCCUCAACUCUUUCAAAAUGAAGAUGUCCAUUAUUCUAGGAGUGGUACACAUGACGUUUGGGGUAGUACUGAGUGCUUUUAACUAUCUGCACUUCAAAAAGAAUUACAGUUUGGUUCUAGUGUUCAUCCCCGAGCUCAUCUUUAUGAUCUGUAUCUUCGGUUAUCUUGUCUUCAUGGUUGUAUUUAAGUGGCUGGCGUGGUCUGCAGAAAAAUCCAAUACGGCACCGAGCAUCCUUCUUCACUUCAUAAAUAUGUUCAUGUUUACUGGGAAUGACAACAACUACUUUCUUUAUACUGGGCAGAAUGGUUUUCAAAUUUUCUUGGUGGUUCUCGUGUUUCUCUGCGUUCCUGUGCUACUGUUUGGGAAACCUUUGUACCUGUACUGGCAGCACCGCGGAGGUCAGACAUUUGGGAAUUACAGGAAAGGAUAUACAUUAGUAUCUCAUGGAAGUGAGGAAGAGCUGUCCUUACUCAGACCACAUGACUUGGAAGAGGGGGGCAGCCAUACAGGCCAUGAACCUCUGAGAGAAAGAGAAAAAGAGGAGUUUGAUGCGACUGAGGUGUUUAUGAAUCAGGCAAUCCACACGAUCGAAUACUGUCUGGGAUGUGUUUCCAACACUGCUUCCUACCUGCGUCUCUGGGCUCUAAGCCUGGCUCAUGCCCAGCUUUCUGAAGUCUUGUGGACAAUGGUGCUCAGUAAAGGCCUCUCUGUGCUGCCCUCUAGUGUCGGAGUGGUUCUGCUGGUGCCAGCCCUGGCCGCAUUUUCUGUAUUGACUGUGUUUAUUCUUCUAGUUAUGGAGGGCCUGUCUGCCUUCCUUCAUGCUCUUCGAUUACACUGGGUGGAAUUUCAGAACAAGUUUUAUUCUGGUGCAGGAUAUAAAUUUACCCCUUUCUCUUUUAACGACAUGGCCUUGUACCUGGACUAAGACGUCUUCGUAUUGAAGAUAAAUUAUCCUUAUGAUCUCUUCACCGAAGAAGAGCACAGUUUA